AUGGCUGAAAGUGUCUGGAACAUCUUCUGUGGGGGCUCUGAGUGUUCAAAUGGAGACAGAGACAAUUGUAGUUCUAUCUUAUCUGCCAUUGUGGAUCCAUAUUCAUGCGUCAACCAUGUUUUGAUCAUUUCUGCUGAUACCCUCCUCCUGCUCAUCUUCCUAUUUAUUGUUUUAUACAAUUCAUCAACCCAAUUUGGAGCCCCCCCACCCUCUAAAUGCUAUUCAUCAUUGUCAAUUUCUUCUGCGGUUUUCAAUGGCGCUUUGGGUUUGGCUUACCUGGGUAUGGGCCUCUGGAUAAUUUCAGAGAGGUUGAGUUCCAAACAGAGCAUAACUCCUCUGCAUGGUUGGCUGGUCAUAGUAUUCCAGGGACUCGCAUGGUUCCUGAUGGACUCAACAAUUAGUUUUAAAAGGAGACAACAUCCACGUACUAUCAUAGUGAAGCUUUCUUCAAUCCUUGCCUUCUUUUUUGCAGCAUUUCUAUGCAUCCCAUCUAUUUUGAAAGCUAUUCAGGACAAAGAAGCAUCUAUAAAGAUUGUGUUGGACAUUUUGUCAUUUCCGGGAGCAAUUCUACUAGUCUUGUCUGCUUUUGGGGAACCAAAUUAUGCAGAAACUGAAGGAGGCACCAAAAGAAAUGCGCUCUAUGCACCUUUGCAAAGCAAAGAAGACGAUAAUGGUGAGGAAAUUAGUCUGGAUGAGAAUAUAACUCCUUUUGCUGAAGCUGGAUUCCUGAAUAAACUAUCAUUUUGGUGGUUGAAUGCACAAAUGAAGAAGGGUAAACAGAAAACUCUUGAGAACAAAGAUACACCAAAGUUAAGGCUGGAAGAUCGAACAGAAACAUGUUAUUUCAAGUUUUUGGAGCAAUUGAGCAUACAGAAAAGGAAAAAAUCUUCUGAUUCAUCCUCUAUUUCAUCUACAAUAUUUGUGUGGCAUUGGAAAGCUAUUUUGACAUCAGGCCUUUUUGCUCUGAUCAAAGUACUCACCCUGGCUAUCGGACCCUUGCUUCUUAGGGCUUUCAUUAGGGUUGCUCAAGGCAAUGAGGCUUUUAAAUAUGAGGGUUAUGCUCUAACUGGGGGGCUCUUCCUUGCAAAAUGCUUAGAAUCAAUAUCAGAGAGGCAAUGGUAUUUCCAAACUCGACUUAUUGAUCUCCAAGUAAGGUCUUUCCUGUCUGCAGCUAUUUACAAGAAGCAGCUAAGGCUAUCAAAGUUGAUGCGAAUUGAUGGCACAACACGGUCUUCAGUUGCAAGCCAUCUAGCUGAAUCCAUGGCGGGAACAAUGACCAUCAGAGCUUUUGGAGAGGAAAAUCGAUUCUCCACAGAGCAUUUGCACCUUAUCGAUGCAAAUGCUAGUCCAUUUUUCCAUAAUUUUUCAGCAAACGAGUGGUUGAUCCAGCGCCUGGAAGUAUUAUGUGCAAUCGUUCUCUCAUCCUCAGCCCUUGCCAUGACUCUGCUUCCUUUUCAAGCUUCUGACUCAGGAUUAAUCGGAAUGGCUCUGUCAUAUGGUCUUUCACUGAAUGUGUUCGUCGUUAUUUCUGUCCAAAGCCAGUGCAUGCUAUCAAAUUUGAUUGUUUCUGUGGAAAGGUUAGAACAAUACAUGCAUAUUCCCAGUGAAGCUCCUGAAACCAUAGAAGGCCACAGGCCUUCCCUCAACUGGCCAACUGUUGGUAGGGUGGAGAUCCAUGAUUUGAAGUUCAAAUAUUGGCCUAAUGCUCCUCUAGUUCUUCGCGGAAUCAGCUGCAUUUUUGAAGGUGGGCACAAAAUUGGAAUUGUUGGCCGGACUGGCAGUGGGAAGACAACUUUGAUUAGUGUCUUGUUUCGCCUGGUAGAGCCUACAGAUGGAAAGAUCAUCAUCGAUGACCUAAAUGUAUCUACAAUCGAUCUUCAUGACCUUAGAUCACACUUUGGGAUCAUUCCACAAGAUCCAACCCUUUUUAGUGGAUCUGUAAGAUAUAAUUUGGACCCCUUAUCUGAACAUACUGAUCAUGAAAUAUGGGAGGUUCUAAAAAAAUGCCGGCUACGAGAAACUGUUCUAGAGAAAGUGGAGGGCCUAAAUUCCUUAGUGGUACAAGAUGGAUCAAAUUGGAGUAUGGGACAACGGCAAUUAUUUUGCCUAGGACGAGCCUUGCUGAAAAGGAGGAAGAUAUUAGUGUUGGAUGAAGCCACUGCAUCAAUUGACAAUGCAACAGAUUCAAUCAUCCAAAAAAUCAUAACAACAGAAUUUACAGACUGUACUAUAAUUACAGUAGCUCACAUAAUAUCAACUGUGAUGGACUGCACUAUGAUUCUUGCUAUUAGCGAUGGAAGAUUAGUAGAGUAUGACAAACCAAUGAAGCUAUUUAAUAAGGAGGGCUCACUAUUCGGGCAACNAUUAGUAGAGUAUGACAAACCAAUGAAGCUAUUUAAUAAGGAGGGCUCACUAUUCGGGCAACUUGUGAAGGAGUACUGGUCUCAUUCCAGAAAUGCUAGCGGGUUCUCAGAAGAUUGGUAG